ACCACUGGAGAGAGAGGCAGACAGAGAGAGAGCCUUUUUUCCUCCACACAGACUGAGCUGUUGUUCUGGACUUUCUGUGAGUUCUAGUGGCACAUUAAUUUCUGAUUUUUAAGCAUAUCUUCUUGAAGAACCGGGACCAGGACCAGAGGAUUUGUGCUGUGUUGUGAUGCCUGCCAUUUUAUAACUGUGAUGGAGCUGCAGAUGAGAAUCAUCACCUCUUUUCUUUUGAUGGUCUCAUCUGCAGCUGAGUAGGUGAAGACUGAACUGAAAGGUGUUGAAGGAGGAUCCAUCACUUUUCCUGAUCCUGUGAUGGAGACUGGAUUUUUUAGUUAUGAAAGAACGACAGUUGCUAUUGUGAAGGACAGGAAAUUUGAAAUAUUUGAGGAAGCUUAUGAGGACAGAAUUUUCUGGAACAACCAAACUGGACUCUUCACAAUCAGAGGACUGAGGAGGACUGACUCUGGUGUUUAUACUGUUGACUCUAAAAAAGGAACUGUUUUCACUGGAGCUCAUAAACUUACAGUGUACGAGCCUGUAGCAGCUCCUGAAGUGAAAGCUCUGAUCGUGAGCAAAGAUAACUGCACCUUAAUAUGUUCUGUGGAAAAAGCUGAGGAGACGACUCUGCUGUGGUACAAAGACGGGAAAAUACUGAAGCAGAGCAGCCUGGCUCUCUCUCUGCCUCUCACUGUACAGGACUUCAAUGCAUCUUAUUCAUGUGUGGCAGCCAAUCCUGCAGAGAAUAAAACUCUUGAUAUCAAUGUUGCAGAUUUUUGCAGUCUACCAAAAGAAGAAAACCUACGUCAAAACAAUUUAAUCGCAAUCCCCAUCGUCUUGGUGGUGACUGUUGUUCUUGCCAUGUUCAUCGGGUGGAUUUUCAUUAAAAACAAGAAGAGGAAUGAGACACAAGGCUCUAGAGAUUCAGAGGUGGUCUACACAGACAUACGAACAAAUGAAGACCGACGCAAUCAGGCGAGAAACACACCCGACUCAUCAGGACUGAGUGAUCGAUCCAACCUAGCAACCAUUUACGACAAGCUUCAGGCGCAUUGCAUCGCAGAGACUGAUGAUCAUGUUUACGAUCAAACUAUUAGCUGUGCUACCUACUUGUUCUAGUUUGUUCACUGUUUAUUUGUGCGGUCUUACAUUGCACUAGUUUAUUUUAUUAUUAUUAUUUUGCUUUGAAUUAAAUUGUUAUUAAAUGAAUCACCUUUCUCAAAGUUUCUUAAACACUGGAGGGUCAUCAAGCUCCAUGUUCUUGUAGGUCUGGGUGAUAUGGCCUAUGAACCUAAUCUUUGAAAAAAUUCAAUGUACGAUUUUAAACAAAUUUUUCUUAUCGUUGUUAAAAAACACACACACAAAUGACAAAAAAUGUAAUAAAAGCAUGUUUUUUCUUUUAUUGUAUGAAUUGAAUGUAACAAAUACCAACUGAAUUUUCCUCUUGGAUAAGAUCAAGCUGUAAUUUGGUCUCAAAAAUGCUCUUUUUUUACUGCAAGGAGAGUUUACAUCAACAGAAAGGCUGCAGUUAUUUGCAGCAACAUGUGAUGGCAUACAGAAUUCAUGUCUGAGCAAAACAUGAUGUUUUUAAUCUCUGUAUGUUCAAUAUUGUUACUGCUCCUAUAGUUUUAGGUUUCGCUUCUGUAAUGUUGAGGUGAGUCAAGCUUUAACUGACUACACCUUAUUUCCUAUUGGGGGUGUUCA